AUGGCUCCCGACAGUCAUAUCCGUGUCUUUGUCCACUGGCGAGACCAAACUGUCUUUGCUGGCGAGGACAUCAAGUGCACCAUAACGUUCAAGAAUGUCGCGCGGGAAUCGGACAAUGUCAGGGCAAACCAGCAUCCACAUGCCCCCCCUCAGAGAAGAAACAAUUCGGACCGUCAGCGGCUGCUCUCUAGUCUGGCGUCACCCCUCGGAGGGAACCGCAGCAGCAGAGGCAGCAACACCAUCGCAUCCCCGCCCCCUGCUAGCAACGGGCGAGGCCACAGAAGAUCGGCUUUAUCUCUAAGCAUACCGUCAACGACGACUAGUCCUCGAUCGGCGGCCGUGCAGUGGCCUUCUGGUGGCGGCUCCUUUACCGAAUCCCGACCCGGACACGCCCAUAAACGAUCCUUAUCCAUAGUGUCAAUUGGUUCAGCGAGCACCAUGGAUGACCAUACUCAACGAAGCGAGACUUCAGGGCGGCCGAGUAUGCCGCAUCGAGGCCACAGUCGUGCCUCGAGCCUGCAAAUAAUGUCUAAAGGAAAUACGGCCGCUGGACUACAACUUACGUCCCGAAACAUGACAUCACCCCUACAUACUGCAUCAUACCCUUCCGACAGAUACGGUCAGCAGAAUCGCUCCUUCACAGCGCCUUCGACUCCCGGCAUUGGACGACGACGAUCGCCUAGAACGUCACCGAACCUGAUGCCCGACUUUCACUUCCCAGCCGGAUCUCCAGCAGAACAUCCCGAAGAAGAGGAGGCUGCCACUGACAACAGCCACCUGGCCCUGCGACCAAAAGAGUCUGACAAGCCUCUCACCCCCGCUGCUCGUAUUCUAUCGAGUAACAGCAUGGCCAGCGCAACGCCACGCAGCAGCGGCGAAUUUUAUGCCGCGAGCAACCAUUCUUCCGAAACACUGGCCUCUGAGUACCCCGCAGCCAGGGGCGCUGCGCGACUAUCACAACUGCGAGGGACCUCGGGCUUACCUCCCUCGUCAAAUAAGAUUCCGGAGUCCAUAAUGAUGGGCUACGCCCAAGUACAAGGUUCAUUUUCGCUGGACGGCUCUCUGAUUAGCCUCGGUCAGUUCGACGAAGUCAAGAAAAAGGGCGUUGUCGGUGGCCGAGGGAGCGGUGUCGUUGGCCUCGACCAAAAUAGGAGAGACAGCGGUCUGUUGCGCAGUUUUGGCUGGGGAGCCAUUAGCAGCUCGCUCGGCGACCUUUUGGGCAGCAACGAGCUAAGCACAAUGAAGGAGAUGCGAGGCGCGGCCAACUCGAAAGCAGUCCCUCUACUGAGCACUCCCCAGUCAAUAUUGUUUGUCAAUAUGCAGCUUGCGCCGGGCGAGAGCCGCUCUUUUGAAUAUACUCUUCGCCUUCCCCGAGGUCUGCCGCCGUCGCACAAGGGCAAGGCUCUCAAGAUUUCGUACAGUCUGGUUAUUGGAACACAAAGAGCUGGGGGAACGCGAGAGCAGCAGGUCCGUUCCGUCGAGAUUCCCUUUAGGGUGCUCGGCAGUGUCAAUAGCUAUGGCGAGAUUCUUGGGCACGAUCUGAUGAGUCCAUAUAUUUUAUUGAAAGACGAAGCGCUGGUCAAGGCUAUCGGAAAGCGCAAGCAUGCUAGCAAAGGCCGCAUACAUGUUGAAAGGAAAGGGAACAUUAAUGAUUUUCUGGCAUAUGUCGAUGAGCUUGUUGCUCAGCAAAAGGACGACAAGUCGAAUUCUUUGCUCUCGCCGACAGACGGCCUCGAGUCACGGCGCCCAUCAAUGUUUGAUGACGUGGCCUCGACAAAAGAGGCCAUUCACCUUGCCAUCAUGAGGAGUAACUUGGCCAACGAAGGACAGAGCCAGAACCGGUUCGAAAUUGCGAGAAACGGCAAGAGGGUCGGCGCAGUCAUGCUGCCUCGACCCGCUUAUAGGCUCGGCGAGGUCGUGACCAUGGUCGUUGACUUUACAAAGGCCGAGGUACCCUGCUACGCCGUCCACGCCACGCUAGAGACGUCAGAAAAGAUUGACCCCUCUCUGGCCGUGCGCUCCGACUCCAGCAUCCAACGAGUCACGCGCAAGGUCUAUGAGGCUUCCUCCGAGACGACCAUGUAUUCGCGCCGCAUCGUGUUUACGCCUACGAUACCCAUAUCCGCCACACCCGAGUUCGUCACCAGCGGCGUCAGCUUUGAGUGGAAGAUUCGGGUCGAGUUUGUGGUGCCCGCCAAGAGCGGCGAGGAGAGCGAGAGCGCGCCACCGUCUGCUGCGUUUGGCUCCACCCUGCUGGAGCAGAUAUCGCAAGAUGACAAGGGCGGCCUCGUCCUGGUGGCGGUGGAAAAUUUGGCCUGUGAGAGCUUUGAUGUGUCGGUCCCGCUCAAGGUGUAUGGUGCGGUCGGCACAGGGUUGGAGAGGCUAGAGCGCGACGAGUCUCUGGAGGGAGGACUCUCUGUAUAA